AUGUAUCUUCGCUACGGCCCCGUGCUCUCAUCUGUACAACCGGUCACCGUGCAUCUUUUUUCCCUCAAACAGGUCUCGCUGGAACUGAGCGACAAAGCGUCACAUUUGCCAGAUAGUUCGUCCAGUCCGGUCAAAAUGCCAUCUGUUUGUGUAUCCUCUCUAAAUGGUAUUCACACGUCCACCGACGUGAACGGAGAUAGUUCUUCUAUCAGCGAAACGGACGUCAAUAUUCCAGUCUGGUUGAACGUUCCCGACGGGUAUAAGGCGGCCACACUGUUGUCAACCCAGCCCAACAAUCGGUGUCGUUUAUUGUUACUACCCGAACGUCAAGAGAUGGAAGCUGACCUGGGCGAUGUAGAACGAGCCAAUCCACCAUCUUUUGAUCGUGUUGAAGACGUGGCCGAUUUACGAUUCCCGAACGAGUUAAGCGUCACUCACACAUUAAUUCAACGCUUCGGAUCCGGACAAGUGUGUACCAACGCGUCCGGGUCGUGCCUGCUCAGUAUCAAUCCAAUGACUCCGCUGAACAUCUACUCGGAAGCGGUCAUGAACCUGUUCACAGGGUGUCGAAAUUUGCGUGAUAUGCCCCCACACGUAUUCUCAGUGGCCCAGUUAGUCCUCGCUCGUCUCAAUCGGAGCUAUUUGAAAACGCACCAUCGACGAAACGGCUCGGAUCGUGCUGUGGUCUCUGGUCCAGUCCGUCAGGCUAUCUGUUUGUCCGGUCGUUCCGGAUCUGGAAAAACCCGUGUCACUUUGGACGUGCUCUCGUUUCUUCUCUAUCAGUCCAAUCGCGUGGUAGCCCAUUGGACGAGCAAAUCAGAGACGGAGCGUUUGCGUGCUUUGUUUUGCAUGCUGGAUGCCUUCACUUGCUCUCGUGUACUCUUGAACACAAAUGCCAACCGUGCCCUGCGUUUAUUCUCGGUCGAAUACGGCAGUCUGGCUCCUCGGGAUCGCGAUGAUCCUGGCCUGUUUAUCUGCGGUUUGACAACACGACUAGUCAUGUUUGAACGCUUCCGGGUCACUGAAAGACCAGAGGGCGAGCCCAAUUUUCCCAUUUUCUACUACUUU